AUGACUCUAAGUAAAGCUGUACGCAUAGGAGUCGACGUCGGCGGUACCAAUACCGAUGCCGUUGCCAUAGACGUGGCCCUCGCUACUCAAGGCGAUGCACAACGUGGAGUCAUCGCCUUCAAGAAAACUCCUACUAUGCCAGAUGCGACUGCUGGAAUCGAGACUGCUGUUAGAGCUGUCAUUGACUCUGGCAGCAUAGUUCCCCAGCGGAUAGCAAGCAUCACUGUCGGCACAACACACUUUAUCAAUGCAGUCGUGGAGAGAGAUGCCAGGAGACUUCAAAAGGUCGGCGUCUUGAGACUGUCACGUUCGUUUCUCCGAGAAGUACCUCCAUUCUCAGACUUCCCGCCCGAUCUAGCAGCCAUCAUCAAGGGAUACUGCGGAAUCAUCGAUGGAGGCCUGCACAUUGAUGGUUCUCAAGAAGCACCCAUCAAAGAAGCCCAAGUGAUGGCCGAAUGCGAAAAGAUCAAGGCAGAGAACCUGAGGGCAGUUGUGAUCGCUGGCGUCUUUUCUCCGAUUGACGAGAUAUUCAAGCAAGAGAGCCGCGUCAGAGACAUCAUCCUACGAGAAAUUCCAGGAAUUGACGUCGUAUGUUCUCACGAGGUGGCCAAUAUUGGUUUCCUAGAGCGCGAAAACGCCAGUAUCCUCAAUGCUGCUAUCCUUCAAUAUGCUCGAAAAACAAUGAGGAGGUUCAAUCAGGCCAAGAAGAAGCUGAACCUGACGUGUCCACUAUUCAUUACUCAAAACGACGGGACCACCCUUGAUGCUGCCGCAGCAGCUAGGAUACCCAUUAGGACCUUUGCAUCUGGAGCCACCAACUCGAUGAGGGGAGCUGCAUACUUGGCUGGGAUCGAUGCUGGAGGCAACUCCUCGGCCAUCGUCGUGGAUAUCGGUGGAACUACAGCUGACAUUGGCGUAAUUCUACCAAGCGGACUUCCAAGACAAGCCUCUGCCUAUGUCACAGUCGCUGGAGUAAGAGUGAAUUAUUCAAUGCCUCAUCUGCACUCGGUUGGACUUGGUGGGGGUUCACUCGUGCGCAAUGUUGAUGGAAGAGUCAAGGUCGGCCCUGAGUCGGUUGGCCACUACCUUGUUGAAGAAGCUCUUGUUUUUGGUGGCAAUACAUGCACAGCAUCUGAUAUUGCUGUUGCCCUGGGAAGAGCAGAUAUGGGUGAUAGGAGCAGACUCGCUGAACUGAACCCUGAGUUUGUCCAGUCGGCAAAAGACUGCAUCAAGACUCUACUCGAUGGAGCUGUCGAUGUCAUCAAGACCUCUGCUGAUCCGCUACCCGUACUUCUCGUAGGAGGAGGUGCCGUGCUUGCACCAGAGAAUAUCUCAGGUGCCUCAAAGGUCAUCCUCCCGCCAUUCCACGAUGUUGCGAAUGCCAUUGGUGCUGCUAUCUCUCGUGUCAGCGGUGACGUUGAUAUUGUUCAGAGCACAGCCCACCAGACAGAGUCACAGACUCUUGAGCGUGCAAAGAAGAUGGCCGUCGAAAGAGCCAUUCAAGCUGGUGCCAUCCCCGAAAGUAUUACGAUGGCGAAUGUAGAGAGUAUUCCGUUGCAAUACGUGUCUCAUCAAGUUCGAACCAUUGUUAAAGCAGUGGGAGACGUCGACUUCAAGGGCUACGUAUCAGAGUUGGAGCUCGAGGCUGUAGGUGAUUACGACGACGAAGUCAGCGACGAACCUGAAGGGCACAAGAAUCGAGCUGUCAAUACUACAGAAGUUAUGCCUCCGGAUCCUUUCACCUACACUCCUACCAUCAAGGCCAACGACGAGGGCGUUCCUGAAUGGAUACUCAAUGAAAUUGAUCUGGCUUGGCUGGCGGACGGAUGUUAUGUGCUCGGCUGCGCUGGCGGUGGCACCCCAGCUCCUAGCUUCAUUCAACUGCGGGACAUUAUAAGACAAGGCCAUACUAUUCGCAUCAUCGACCAGUCUUCCCUCAAAGAUGAUGCCCUCAUCUACUGGGGCGGCCAUAUGGGAUCUCCUGCCGUGUCGGUGGAGCGGCUACAGUCAACCGAGACGGUCCAAGCAUUCAAUGUGCUCAUGGAGUAUCUCGGUCAUAAUAAAGUCGAUGCUGUCAUGGGAUUGGAGAUUGGUGGUGCCAAUGGUAUGGAGCCGAUGCUCGUUGGCUCCUCGCGGUUCUUUAAUGCGCCUGUCAUUGACGGUGACUGGAUGGGCCGAGCAUAUCCUACAUACUGGCAGACUACGCUUGCGGUACAUAAACCACUGGAACUCGUUCCUUGUGCCAUUGACUCUGGCGAUGGCAAGAGUAUCAUCAUGACUCGAGCACCAGACGACGAGAUUGUUGACAGAGCAUUGAGAGCGUCAUGUUCCGAGAUGGGAAGCCGAGUCGGUAUGGCCGCCAAACCUACCACUACCGAGAACGUGCGGAGAUAUGGCGUGCUGAAUACCUGUUCUCUUGCUUGGAGGAUAGGCAGAUGCAUCGCCCGCAGUGUUUACAGUAACCAGCUCUCGACAGUUGCAGAGUCGAUCAUCAAAGAGGCUGGUGGGUUGACGUCAGCCAGGGUGCUAUUCAGAGGCAAAAUUGUAGAAGUCGAACGAAGACUAUACAAGGGGCACUCGCACGGCGCUCUACGCAUUGAAGCAUUCGACGAGCAUGUUGAUGACGAAGAAGAUAGUGGAUCGAAGCGAAUGGCACCUGUAGUCUCAGGAGGAACAUUGCGAAUCCCUUUCAAGAACGAAAACAUUCUUGCUGAGCAUACCGCUGCUGACGGCUCUCAAAUCAAGAUCAUCGCCUCUGUCCCUGAUCUCAUUGCUGUGCUAGACAAUGGCUCUGGUAGAGCACUAGGUGUUCCAGAGUUCAAGUACGGUUAUAGAGUGACUGUCUUGGGCAUUACAUGCUCACCGCAGUGGACGAGAACACCUUCUGGUAUCGAGAUUGGAGGACCGAAGGCAUUUGGCUAUGAUGAUGUUGUUUACAAGCCUCUUGGGGAGUAUGUGGAACCUGCGAGUGUGAUUAGAGAAUAUGCUUAA